GAGAGACAGAGACAGAGGGCAACAGCAGCUGUGCGCCCACACAGCCGUGGACGGUAUGACGGUGGAACAGCGGAACGCUGCCUGUGGUUCUCUGCGGUCUUUACGGGGCUCUUCUGGCGCAUUUUGGACUCGUUCAGACUGAGAGGAGGAUCAGAAACCAAGAGGGAAAACACAAGGAAGAACCAGUGGAGCUAUCUGCUGAGGCAGAUAUCCAUGCAGGACAGGGCACAAGUGCAAUCAACUAGGCUACCUGGAGGCGAACAGACUCGUAGACACAGUUCAAGGACAACGUCGAGGCCUACUUUUGGAGUAAUGUUGAACACCCAUGUGAAUCAUAGCCUGUGGGUUUUAAUGUAAGAAAGAAACAGAAAAAGGAACCUCAUGUCAGAAACGACUUUUAUUUGCAUCUGACCGUUCAGCAGAAGAUACGCCUUUUUGUGUCCCGAAAGACAAAAGUGAUGUGAUGCGUUUUGGGAACUGGGUUAACAGCUCUUUUGAUGCACGAACUCUGGAGCUGAGAGGGAGAAAGCAAAGUUCCUUUAACGUUUUCCUUAAAAAAAAAAAAAGCAGAGGAAUAGGACAGUACAGGAGGGAGUAGGAUAUGGAUUGUGUGUCUGAGCCUGUUGGGAUGCACUGCGCAUCUGAGCUGCGACGUUUCGCACCAUGAUACAGGAACAAAGUGCACCUGACAACCAAUGUAACAUAGCUUAAGCCAGUCCACAAGGAUCUACUAUGUCCUCACUACAGACAAGGAAACUGACUCUGUGCCAGGCCCUGACCUUUGUCCUGCUGCUGCUCGCUCCCGUCGGCCUGACGUCCUCACACAGUUCUUGGGUUUCUGUAUGGCAUCCCUCCGGUGAGGCCUCAUCUGGGCAUCUGGCGCGCACCAGGCGGCAGCAGCACUUCAAGAAUGAGUGGGCAACAUGGAGCGGCUGGUCUGUCUGCUCACGUAGCUGUGGGGGCGGAGCAUCAGUGAGAAAACGCACCUGCAUCACCAGGAACCCAGUGGGUGGACCAUGUACAGGAGAUCCCAGACAAUACAAGAUCUGCAACACUAAGGAUUGUCCCCCUAGCUCAGAGGAUUUCAGAGAGAUGCAGUGUGCUGCCUUCAAUGACAGACCAUUCGUGGCUGGGAGCUCCUUCAAAUGGACCACUUUUCAUGGGGGCUCUAACCCCUGUGAGCUAAGCUGCCUGGCCCUGGGUCACAACUUCUACUACAACUUUGGUCGUGUGCUCGAUGGCACAGCCUGUGACAAGGAGCCUGGAGGACUGUGUGUCAACGGACGCUGCCUGAAGCCCGGCUGUGACUCCAUAUUGGGCUCAAAGCAGCAGAAGGAUGCCUGCAUGGUGUGUGGGGGACAAAACACCACCUGCCUGCACCACAAGAGCGUGUACCAGAGCAACGGUGUGGAGGCAGGCGGACCUUUUGGAUAUAAUGAAGUGGCCAUGAUACCUGCUGGAGCCACUCACAUUCGGGUGACUGAUAACAGCAGGAAUUAUCUUGCUCUGCAGAAUGGUCGCUCCCAGUUUGUGAUCAAUGGUAACUGGAAGAUCAGCAUUCCAGGCGAGUACAAUGUAGCCGGGACGAAGCUGCUGUACCGGCGCUCGGCAGACACCUGGGAGAGCUUCGAGGUACCAGGACCCACUCAGGAGGACCUCCAUCUAAUGGUGCUGGCAACAGACAGCAAUCUGGGCAUCGAGUACGAGUACUGGCUGCCACCAGGCCAAUACGCCAUUCACCAUGGGAGAAGGAGUCCACUGCGUCAAGCUCACCACACUGCUAACUACCUCCCCUGGGAUCAACACACCACCACCACCCGGCCUCCUCCUGUCACCACUCGACCCCACUGGUUUUUGAGGCCUGUGAAGCCGCCACGCCAAACUCCCCACCACAAUCACCGCCAGCACCCUCAGCAGCCAGUCCUGCCCCGCCUGGAGCGAGAGGAGAACCACAGAAACCUCCUGCCUCAGCCCUCACCUGGAAGGCAUUGUGGGAAGUGUCGGCGGGUCAAAGGUCGAAGGGAACGCCAGAGACAGUAUUGCCAGAAGGACUUUGUUUUCCGUGCUCGAGUUCUCGGGAAGCUGUACAGAGGCGAGGAGACCCGAUAUGAUGUCCAGAUUAUCCACACCUACCGGAACAGCUUUCGCCUGGAGCACCGGGAGUUCUUGUGGGUCCCUAAUGUGUGUGACUGCCCCCACUUGGAGGAGGGGAAGCAAUAUAUACUGAUGGUGCGUCGCCACAUUAACUAUGAGCACACACUGAACCGCAUCCUGUUGGAGGAAGAGAGCUACGUGGUGCCCUACAGACCCAGAGAGGACGAGCUGCUGCGACCUCUUGAAAGACUCUGCAGCAACAGAGGACCCAAACAGCCAGCAGAGCUGAUGGGACAAGUGUAGAGACAAACUAUACGUGUGUGUGUGUGUGUGUGUGUGUGUGUGUGUGUGUGUGUGUCAGAGAAUGAAGCUCACUAUAAAGCUUUAUUCACCUCCAUUGUUUAAUUUCUGGACCUUCAAAACAUCAUCAGAAUGUGUGUGAUUCAUGUGACCGUCUGAUGAAUUCCAGAGUGGAAUCUUUGGAGAAUAAUGACCUUUAGAUCACUGACAUUUGACAUUUAACAUUUAAAACCUGCCACAUUAAGAACCCAAAAAGACUCCAUGUUUAUUUGAAAACCUGACCGGCUUAUUGUACCAUACCGAGCACUUUAGGCGGAUGCUUGCGCCCAACUUUAAACACAUACCAAAGAUAAGAACAUUGACUGAAAUGGCCUUUUUGUUAUUGCUGUUUUUCCAGUUGUCAUUUAAUUUUUGUAUGUGAUUAUAUUUUUGUCGGUGUAAAAUUAAAAGAAAAAUCCACCUCAAAACAUUAAGAUGAAGUACCACUGAACACCAUUUUGACAUAUUGUCCUCUGCUUAUUUCUGAGGGAUACAUUGACUCAUCUAUAUAUUUCCAGCAGCUCAGUAGAGUUGGUGAUACCAAAUGUUUUUAGCAAUCAGUAAGUGUUAGGUUUUGGUAUCAGUCCCUCAGAGUUAAAGUGUGGAGGGCGGUCUUUCUAGAGCUGCCUUAAUGUAAACCCGAAUUAUCCUUAAAUUACACCUGAGACUCCAUUGUUCCUGUGUUGAGGAACAUUGAGGAUUGAGGAAAACCAGCUGCUCUUCCAACACAAUGUGGGGAGGGAUGAUGGACUUUUCCAUACCUCCCAUCCCAACAUGUUCUCAUCCCAACUUGACAAAUAUUGCCGCUUUGUCAAUGGACUUUUUUGUCCAAAUAUAAUGCGCUAGAUGCCUGUGUCUGCUCUUGGAUGCUCAGUUUACAUUCGUUACUCGUCACACACUGGUGGCCAAGGGUACCAUGCAUGGUGCCACCUGCUACUCAGUAACCUUUCACACACACUCACACACUAAUGGAACAGCCUUCGGGAGCAAUUUGGGUUCCAGUAUCUACCACAUGCAUUGUGUCUUUCCAAAAUUACACUUGUCCUUGAACAGGAAAUGUAAAAUUUCUGCACGUUAGAUCUAUACAAUAGUUUUCAAAAUAAACUUAUGUCAGUAAAACAUCUGGUUUUUAUGUUUAUUUCCUUGUGCAACAAAAGCAUGUGGUUGAUUUAGAAAAAAAAUAUAAUGGUGUGGCUCAACAUUCAAACAGGAAUUGGACAGCAGGCUGCUGGUUUAGAGUCUGGGUUUUGCGUGACCCAUCUGCCACUCCCUCUACCUGCCUUAUAGAGACUUUACAGCUCCUUAUAUUACAUCGUUUCCGGCAGCAUUUCAAACUGACGCCGUCUGGCGGUGUAUCAUACCGCUGGGGAAUGUGUCUUUUUUGCGUUGUCUAAUGCCAAAAAUCACUGACAAAGAGGCACCAUUUGAUGAGUUUGUAAUGAGACAGGUAGAGACAAACUCUACCUUCAUUUUGAUCUUAACUAUACAUCUGUUUUUUGUGUCUCCAUCUUGCAUUAUUGUGACAUUAUCAUGUUGACAAAAUCUGUCCACAGACAGACAGACAGACAGACAAAUAAACACCUGGCAAAAUACUCAAAUGGCUGCCGUGGUUGUUCUCACUACAAUAGGUGUCACCAGGAUUACAUUUUACCAUGAUGACACACACACACAAACUCAUCAGGUGAAAACAGUACCAGCCAUCACAACCAGAUUCUUACUUCUUUCUUCUUUUAAACAACUUUACAUUAAAAUCUAACAUAUUAUAACUCUGCUUUCACCUAUCAUCUGUCUUUCAAACAGCACAUGUAACUCAAUGUAAAAGCAACAAGUUCAUGGUGCAACAUGCAAUCAGGAUUUAGAGGUGGAUUUUUUUUAAGUUUGAACUCCAGAUAUAGUCACAACACAUUGCUUCACCAUGUAUUUAUAUAUUUAAAAAAAAUAUGCUUAAACCAUAACACAUUCAGUUGUGUGUCACUUGUUCAACAUCUUUUAUAGUGUCUGUGUGGUAUUCAUUUUUAAAGUGUGUUACAUCAGAUAUGCUUUGUGAUACUUUAUGUGAAAGAGAUUAUGAAUCAUACAGUAUUUUAUUGUGUGGCACUGAUUAGCUACAGAUAUACUAAAGUAUAAUCUGAUUUUAGUUCAGAAAACCUUCAGUCUGGUCAGUUAACUUCUGUGCUGUGUGGUAUGCAUUUGAAAUAUUUAUAUAAACAUCUUGUCUCAAACCUCA